AUGAGCGACACAAAAUGCUGACAUAGAUUUCCUGUCAGGAUAUAGUCACAUGGGGGGAGUUGUAACUUUUUUACACUUCAUAAACUUGUAGCGGAAUUAGAGGAAGGUUGGACAACAGAGAGGUAGGAACAUUUUACUGUGUUUAGCUUUGAUUUAAGCAUAUAUCAGUGACUUUUGAAAGAACUCCUUUUUCUUCUGCUUGAACUGCAUCCCAUUAUUCAACAUCAAUACUUUUUUUGCAAUGGCUUUUAGUGCCUUCAGACAAGCUCACAUAUAUGAAAAACGAGCAGUCUCGAAAGAGGACAAAUCCUGCAUCCAGUGCCUUGAGUGCUAUGACCAAAAUGUUUACAUAGGGACUAAAGAUGCAACAGUCCAACACCUCAUUCUGACAAGCAGCACAAAUGGAGACAAGAGCCCUGGCCUGACCAAAAUCAGAGAAGGUAGGGCAAGAAAACUAGGCUCAAGCAACUCUGUAAAUCAACUGAGGGCAGUCCCACUUUUCAACCAUCUGCUGGUCCUGUGGGACCGGAGCGUUACUGCCCUCAACAUGUUUUCCUUAGAGCCUGUUCCUGCUCUGAAGAAGAUCCAGCAUGUGUCUUUGUUUGAGGUGUGCGACUCAUUGCUCGCAUCGCAGGGGACGUGUGUGCAGAUGGUGACGUCUUCCAGCCGCAGGAAAGUGCUCCGGAUCCAUGUGGUGGGAGUGGACAGGUGGGAGGUUGUAAAGGAAGUCUCUUUGCUCCAAGACCCUGUGGCCUUGGCGGUGGAUGGUGCAACUCUGUGUCUUGCCACCAGUGACAGGUACCUCCUCUGUGAUAUUCAGACUGGGAGCUGUGAGGAGCUCUUUCCUCAUAAUCACAGCAGGCAGCAUGUUAUCGUUACCUCACUGGGAGAAGGAGAAUUCCUCCUGAAUGGGCCCGAAUUUUUGGGCAUGUUUGUGAUGAAGACGGGGAUAUGCCAGCGCCCUCCCCUGCAGUGGCCUCAGGAGGUGCUGGCAGCCGGGGCAUGUUUCCCUUACGUCCUAAGCCUGCAGCCCGAACUGUUGUCUGUUUACAGCAUGUUGGAUCAGCAACGCAAACAGACUGUGAGUCUCACUGGAGCAAGGGGUCUGCUUUCAAUUUCAGAUGGUGUGUUAGUGUUCACAGAGAGAGACAUUUUCAGCCUGAGCCUGGUGCCAUUCGAAGAGCAGAUCCAGGCACUUGUAUGGCACCAAAGGGUUGAGGAGGCCUUAUUGCUGCUGGAAGGGGCUCAAAGCCGUCAUCCACUUGACUCGUACAAGGAGCUACAGAAGGCCAUCACUUGCCUGGCUGGAUUUGCUCAUUUUUACCAGGAGGGUUUUUCCCAAGCCAAAGAUCUAUUCAUUAAAGGUGAGCUGGACCCGAGAGAAAUCAUCCGCCUGUACCCAGAUAUGUGUCUCAGCGAGGACUUUCAAUCUCAUCUUGAUCAAAUAAACAAGGGCAGAGAUCUCCAGGUGCUCAAGAAGGAGGACAGAAACAAAUUUCAUCAUUACCUGGCCUUCCUGGGAGAUUUUCUCAGAGCAGUAAGGGGGACAGAGCGAGGCUGUAUGUAG